CGCAUAGUAAGUGGAAUUUGCUUUUCUAGGCUAGAGCGUAGCCGUCGCAAUGAUAUUCUUGCCACACCUUGUGCCGCGAACCACCGAGGAGGUGUUUAAGGAAGGCAGUGAGGAGGCCCAGAUUGCUGCCCAGGAAAAGGAGCUUGAGGCCAAGGAAGCUGCAAUCCGCGAGUGGAAGAAAACUGAGCCCGUCGUAGGAAAGCCAGAUGGCCCUGCUGUAGUCCGGGAAGGCGCUGAGGAGGACGAACUUAACGAGGGCUCAAUUGAUGACGACGAUGAAGACGCUGAUGGUGAUGAGGACAUGUGAGCUGGCAACCUAGAAGCUCUGCGACGGUUGGGCAGCUGCAAUGGCGUCACAGGUGGAGGACAUCAAAUGGAUCCCCGGAACGGACUUCCUGGUUGACGGUUUUAACUUCAAGAGCCCCCGCUGCUCACAUUACUUCCUUACGCACUUUCACUCCGACCACACAGUUGGCCUAAACAGGGGCUUCAAGGGCGGCGUCAUCUACUGCUCUCAUGUGACGGCAAGACUGCUGGUGCACGACAUGGGCUUGCGGCCGCAGCUCGUGCGCCCGCUGGAUGUGGGCCGGCCGGUGGUCAUCUCGGGUGUGCGCGUGACGCCGCUGGACGCCAACCACUGCCCCGGCUCCCUCAUGUUCCUGUUCGAAGUGCCCACGGGGCCGCAUGCAGCAGCACCAGCACUGGCUGCUGGGGCUGGGGCUGCCACUGGGGCGAAGCAGGCGGAAGCGGCAGGGAGCGCAGCAGCAGGAGUGGGCAGGGAGGCGGCCGGAGGGGAUACCGGUUGCUGCGCGCCAGGAACGCCGCCUAGGGUUGCGAUGCAUGGGGGAUGUAGCGUACCAGGGGGUGGCGGUGAGCAGCAUGGGGCGAGCGAGG